AUGGAGGAAGGAACCGUCCAAACACCCUCUGAGCCUCCUCCGCUCCCAUACUCGUUGCGGACAAGGAAGAAGUCGAUCGCCUUCUUCUGGACUAUAUUUGUGAUUGAUACCUUGGCUCAGCCGUUGAUUCUGUAUUGGUGUCUUUGGUAUCUCACCGAUCUAUCACCCAAUUUGGUCUUCUCAAUCGUGACCGCAUCACUUGGAGGAGUUUCGGUCUUUGAAUACUUUUACCGCCUUCAUAAUCUAUUCCGCAAAAAAUCGCGCGCCCGACCCCUGAACUCCCGCGUAUCAUGGCUGGACUUUUUCCAAAUCAACUUCACCAUCGUGUGGUUGAUUUUGGCUGUUGAACUGGUCGUUGGAUCGGUACCUGAACAACCAUAUGUGCGCCUCAUCGCCAUGGUCCUACCGACCGUUAUGUUCUACUUCGGAUUCGUCUACCUCUCCCUUGACAUUUUCCGUAUGAUGGGCUUCAAGGCCCCGUUCCGAAUCUCCUCCACGCCCAAAGGCUCCGUUAUGCCAACUGCUUUGUACGCGCUUAUUGAGGAUGUGGUGGCAGUCGACGGUGGUGGUGGACAGAUAUAUCGAUAUGCUCUCCGAACUCGAUACCUAUCGAGUCCUUAUUUCCGCCGUAUGCUCUUCGAAAUGAACUGUUUCUGGAGUGGAGGAUCUAUCAUCUGCGCCGCCGCCAUUACUGCGGUUAUUUUCACCGUUCAGGAAAACGUUGCAUUCACGUUGGGCUGGACCCUUCCGUUUGCCUGGGCUAUUAUUUGGACCUUGAUCACAAUCCCCUGGGUUCAGAGUGACCUACGUCGUGAGAAGAAGGCAUGGGCAGAAAACCGUGGACAAGGCGGCAUUCCUUGGGUUGACGAUAUCAGCGCGCCCACCGCACGUACCCGCUUUGCGUCCGUUCAGGCUAAUAUUUGGCCCUGGACUCGUGAUGAUCAGAGCCCCCCCCUCGACGCCAUCCGUCGGCGCCGAGAAAGUACCCGAUGUCCCCAGGGGAGUCUCCAAUGGAGCUCAUGA